AUGGCGACGUCUUCUACCUUGUCAGCCAUCGCACCUACAAAUAUCCCGUCUACGUCUCGUGGGAUCACUAGCGCGUUCCCAAGACCGACGCCGACCUCCCUUCCGCCUUCUCCUCCCAAUCGAUCCAUCUCCCCCUCGCCCUCGCCCCGCAACGGCGGCUACAUGGAGGACCUCAAGGGCCGCGACCAGUCGUGCCCAGUGUCGGGCAUUAUUGACUUCUGCGAGCAAGCGCACCCAGUCCCGGCGGGCGAGAGGGAGUGGUGGGACAUCAACAUGGGUAAGAGCAGCGACCUUGGAGAUUCAAUCGGCGCUGAACGGGAUGCUCCUGCGGGCGGACUUGCACCGGUCGUUCGAUGCCGGCACAUGGGUGCCGAUGAUGAAGGAGGGGGCUGGCUGGUCGUGUACGUGGUGCGGACGGCCGACGUGUCGAAUCAGUUCGCCGCGCUGUGGCACAACGUCGAGAUGCAGAAGCUGGUCGGCGUUGGCCGGCGUUGCCUGUUUGCACGUGUUGCGUGGGCGGUGCUGUCGCUGCACCACGAGUUUCUCUCCAUCCGGCGGCUAGCGAGGGACAACUUGUUGGUGCGGAUGAAGGGCGGCGGGCUGAAGGAGAUGGUGCCCGAGGCGUUCAAGCAGUUUUCGCGCUCGCGGUCGAGGAACCCGAGCCUGACCAAGCGGCCGCGGUUGCAGGCGCUCGAAGAGGAUAACGGCGUUAUCGUCGCUGCGGAGCUGGGUUGGGGUGACGAGGCAGGGAACGACUUGAAGGAGGACAAGGACCAGCAGCUGCCCACUUGA